UUGAUAUCGGGUCCAGCCUCCUCCGGAUCGGUUAUCCGACGAUCCCGUGUCGCGUUCCAGGCCCGGUCGAGGUGCACGUUGACGGCCACGUCCACGGAUCUCGUCAUUUUCAACGACCCCCGGCGAAAUCGACGAUUACGCACCAGCCAUGACGAUUCAAUGAAAAUUGGAAAGAUGGCUCGUCUCCCGAUUCAUUCGUCCCUAUCGUUCCAAGACCAUUCGAUGCACGAACAGAGGGUUAAAGUGCAAGACUUGAACUAAUAAAUAUCGCAAGAUAAACGAAAGAUCUCGACUCGGGAGGAGGAGGAGGAGCGUAAGAAGAACAUCGAACGAGUCUUUGGCAUCGACCAAGAUUCGAAUCGAUCGUCGAUGCUGACGAGGUGGGCGGAUCCAGCGCCGAUCGAGGCUCGAUCUCCUAGUGCGAACGAGUUGAAUUCUUGCUAAACGGUGGAAAAAUUGGCGAGGAAAGGACCUAGCGUUGGAACGGAGUGACAAUCGCGACGAGAGUCAUUAAGUACCCGGGUCUCGUUGACGGGACGCGGAAACCGUAUACUUGCGGCCCGCCGGAGGUGCACCGUGAUUAUGCGACAGUUUUGUGAACGUGAUUAAAUUGACCUCGAUACAUUGUGGACAUCCGCGCGUAUCUGCCCAGUGCAUUAUUCCGCGACUGUUUCGCUCGUUUCGAGCGAACGACGAUGACGGCUGCGGGAUCGGGGGGAUCCUGAACGAGUCCUGGGGGACCCGAUCGUCGCGACGCGGUCUCGCGAAUAUCCAGGGACGAUCGAUGAUCGGCGUGGUCGGCGUUCAGCUCGCGUUUUAUCGUGGAAAUCGUCGCAGCGACAGCGGCAGGGGCUCUUUGGUGAUGUACGACAGCGCUAGCUGUUCGUACGCAGGUGCGCUCGAAUUAAAGGGAGCCUCAGGAGCCGGAGCCGGAGCCGCGGCCGCGGCCGCGGCCGUAGGUGUAACCGCGGCCAGCGUCAAACAGGAGAAUUGGACGUAUCGCGGCAUAACCUGCGGUAGCACCUUCCAGAGGCUCAAAGAGAGCGUCGACAAGGCUAAACAGGCGCUCGCCGAUCGUGGUGGCUACCUAUCCGGAGCUUUCUCGCCUCCGCCACGUGCCAACCCAUCCGCCAUUUCUCCGACAGCCUCCAUCACCGAUGCCAGCAGCUCGUACAAGGGAGGCUGGAGCCACGCCACGUCGCCGGCUCCUGGACAGGGUUACGGAAGCAGCUUAUCCAAGUCAGCAUUGGACACGCACACCCACCUCAGGCAGCCUGAUCCGUACCAAAUGUUCGGAGCGACGAGCAGUCGUCUCGCAAGCUCCGGUUCCGGUCAGAUUCAGCUCUGGCAAUUCUUGCUCGAGCUACUGUCGGACUCGAGUAACGCAGCGUGCAUUACGUGGGAAGGAACCAAUGGCGAAUUUAAGUUGACUGACCCCGACGAGGUGGCGAGACGCUGGGGCGAAAGGAAGUCCAAGCCUAACAUGAAUUAUGACAAAUUGUCGAGGGCUUUGAGGUACUAUUACGACAAAAACAUCAUGACAAAGGUCCACGGGAAGAGGUACGCGUACAAGUUCGACUUCCAGGGCCUGGCAGCGGCGACGCAGCCCGCGGCGGCGGAUCCAGCCGCCUACAAAUACCAAAGCGAGCUGUUCAUGUCUGGCUACGGGCACGCAAAGCUGAACCUUAUGCCGCCGCCGGCCGCCUCGGUCUCGGUCUCCGUUCCAGGUGGCCUCUUCCAAUCAGCGUCCAGCUAUUGGUCGACGAGUCCGGGUGCUAACCUGUACGCGGGUCACCACACGGCCUCUGGCCAUGUGCCGCCUCAUCUGGGCACCUAUCCGCACUACGCAUGACCCACCGCCGAGCACUGGGGCGCGUUGGGUACGCCACGUUAACGAGUUUCUACCGAGAAAAUUAAAGAGACCGCCGUCAACCGCGGUCUACGUGCACCCGUCGGCCUGACCAGCUUUCGAGUCUUCGUUUCCGGAUCGGUUGCGCGUCUACGAGUCCCUCUGAUCCGUCCACUCGCGGUCAUCAACCUUGGAUCUUGCAUUUUUCCAUCGAUACGUUAUCAUUUGUUCGUGGGAACAGGAACUUGGAGAUACUACUCUAUGAAGACUCACCUAUAGAGUACUGUCGGUGUUCUUGCUAUCAAACGUGGAGCGUUUUCAAAAGUUGAACUUGAUUUAUUUAAGUGGUACUCUUGCGUCGCCAUUUCUUGACACCGGUUCAAGCCUCGCUUAUCUGCUGAAAUAAAUGCAGAGGAAUUAGUAAAACAAAUCAAAGUAUUUGCCUACACGUACUAUUCUAUACAUAUUAUCUGUUUCACGUUAGUUUUGCAUCGAAGCUCUACCGAAAUAGAUCACGUGUAGAAACGCGAGUGGACAGAUUUAACGAUCGAAUCGAUCCCGCGUCUCUCGGAUCGUUUGAUCCACAUCCCAGUAAAGAGCGAUCGACGUGGAUCGCUGAGAAUUGUUCCAGAAGCUCCCGUUCAUGGCCGACGGUGCGCUCGAAUUAUUGUAAGAACAUUGUACAUACAAUAUAAUGGAUUACGUAAGUACAGGGUUGCACGUUCGCAAGACGAUUCUCGUCAGCCAUCUUAUCCGACAGCGAACGUUGAUAUUGAAAUGGCGACACCUCGAGGAAGUUUUGUAUUUCACGAAAAACUACAUCGUUCCAAAGUAAACGAAAUUUAUAACUUUCCCGGUAAUAAUUUUGUUUCGUUUAAAAAUCUUCGGAAAAAUUGAAGAAUUUCUUAUCUCGCGUCGAACGUUGCCUGAUUGUAAAUCGUUCGCUUGUAACGUCGCGAUAAACCGCGUGUCGAGAAUCAUCCUGUCCAAAAGAACGUCGCCUUGCACGGAGAAUAACAAGCCGGCGUACUUCCGUAGAGAAACGUCGGCAUUUCCGACUGGAUGGAAUCGAACAUGCACAUUUUAAAGGGGGCGUCCCUUAACGGCAGCGGCGACGAAGCGGUUUCUCAUCGUUCAUCCAACUAUCGUCGAACAAACUGAAUAGAAUCGAGAAGAUAUCAAUCCGAAAUUGAAACGCCAAGUUCGAAAAGAUCGAACCAGUGAUUUCUAAAGGCGUUCCCUUCAAAAUAAACGUCUAUUUCCGCGCCAAAAAUGUACAAACAAAGAGUUUCCGUUACGCUUGAUUCAUUUUACUCGGAAUUAAGUUGCGUUUACUGACUUUGUAAGUUUUAUGAAAUCGUUUAAUAGAAUUGUUAUCAGCUGACUUCGAUUAAUCGUUGAUUAAUUGUUCCGUGUUAAGUUUCCUUUAAAUUGUACGGCGCCCCCUCCCACUUCCUACUUUGGAAAACACUGGUUAAAUACUGAGAAGUUAGAGACAAAGUUAGACACCGCGGAACCUUCAUCGACGACAAAACGCUCGGGAAUGUGAGCCAUGUUCGAUUCGGGCCAAGUGUAAUGCGUGUAUUAUAAAGUCUUUUAACUUAUUUGUUACAUAACGAAGUAUAGAUAGAGGAACCGCAUAUCACCGUUCGUGAAAGUCAUCGCGAGACAUGUUUCUCGAGGUUGGAGGUCAGCUGCGAACGACCAACGAAAUUCACGCAAAAACCAGUCUAAGAUUCGAUCGUGAGAUCUCGAGAGUUUCGAGGAUUCCUAAAAAUUGUUUCACCGGUUAAAAUACAAAGUAGUAGACUUGGACAAAACGUUCAAACUAUUACGCUUAAAGUCGAAGAAAUCUCCAUAUUUAAAAUUCUGAUGGUUCGCAACCCCUUUCCGAACCAAGCUUACCCUACGAAAAAGAUACGUGUCCCCUGUUUCUGACCAUUUUACAAGUGUCAUCGAAAUCCUGCAGGGAGAACACUCCUUGUACCCAAAUUAACUCCGAAACGAUCUCCCGAGAGGAUCUUCUUCUCAUCCGGUAUCCGUGCGAAAUGGGAACAGAAAAAUAAUGUGCAAAUAAACGAUCGAUAAGGAAAAAAAAGAAGGAAACUCCGGGUAGAAGAUCGACGAAUCCCCAGAUCGAUUCAACGAACCCGGACCGACGAGAGUUCGAGUCGCGAUAACCGAGACUGAAAAGUACAACGUCGAGUCAUAUCAAAACAAUGCGUAAAAUCCCCCCAGUCGCGUUCACUGUCGUUUCUCACCGAUCAGACGCUAGAAAUGCGGUCGCUCUAUCUAUGUGCGAAAGGUGGAGGGGGUAGGUCUCCGGGACUCGGGGGUGAAAAAAUAGUUGUCGAUGCAACGAGGCUACCUGUCGACGAUCUACCCCGCCGCGAAAGGUGUACCUCUGUCGAAGAAGCGUAACUCCUUAAGUCGUAUACUGUAUCAUACCAUUCGUAAGACGUAAGCAUCUUUAGAAUUACUCUGACGAUUAGCGUACCGACCCGUCGACCGCUCCGUGGAAUUAACCGUCGACGGUCGUUCUCCGGGACGUGUAAAAACGACGAUGGGCAUCUUGAAUCUUUGUUACUCGGUGCUAGAAGUUCUCGAAACUUUCGAACGAUCUUGAGAGUCUCGAGUAUUUAGAAACUCUAAGGGUCUCGCGCGUAGAGCUGAUCGAAUAAUAGACUCUAUCCGAAAGACAAGUCCUUGCUAUCGUACACAGGCUGGUGAGAACACGAUUCGAAUUUUCUUUGAAUAUUCGUAAUAUACGAACAAAGUCAAAACAUGUUCUAUUUAAUCUUGUUUCCUAGUUACAGCCAUUUUCGUGAUCGAGUAACGCGUGGUGCUCAAAAUGGCUACCUUCGGACGUUCUGUUAUAAAGUUUCUCGAUCUUACAGACAUCUUGUAUACGUUACAUAAAAAUUAAAAUCAAAUGGAACUUUGAUACAAGCUCGAACAUUUUAACAGGCACAUUCUGAGAUCGGAUUAAUUUGUGUUAUAAGAAAUGGCUGUAACUGGGAAAGAAGGCGAAGCAGGGCAACUUUUCUCGUUGUUUGUGUCCUCUGUCCACCAGGUGGUUCAGGCUAUAGAACGCCUUGCGUGAUUCUUGUCUGAAAUCAAAAAGAAUCCACGUUAAAAAAGGGUAAGAAAUUUCUGGACUCUCAAGAUCCAACAAAGCAUCGACGAACUCUUGGCAUUAAGAAUAAUAUUUGAAGCGAUUCGACGUGUCCGUAGCCCAUCGCCGGUGGAAAAGCGACCCCGUCCGAACCCCAUUUUCCAAGCUGGUUCCAUGGAACGUCGACGGGCUCUAAAUGUAGAUAGGGUGUUUUCAUGUGUAGCGUAGGCGUGUAGAGGACAUAGUCUUAGCGCGAGAAUGUUUGUCCGUGUGAGCGAUAUGCGAAAGAUGCAACGUAAGAUCGACUGAGCCGAGCGUGAGACGGAACGGAGACGAAACGAUGACGCGUACGAAUGUGACUGCGUGAGAGUGUACGUGGGUGUGGGUAUGUGUGUGCGUGUGUGUGUAGCGCGUCUGGCAGUAGAACGGGCGUGAAUUCUCGAACUGAAAAUGGAUGAUAAUAAUAACGGUGACGAUGAUGACGAUGAUGGAUGAGAGGGAGAGAGAAAGCGACGGGGUGUCUGGCACUAGCAUAUACCGCGUUAGGCUAGGUAGAUAAGCGACCCCUUCGAACUACGGAGAGGAGAAAGAGCGAAGUUUUGCCGGAGAUCAGAAGACGCGGGCCUGCGAGAGACACCGCCGCCGCCAGAAAGCUAGGAAAAGGA